AUGGAAAGCACGCACACAUGCAGCAGGCGCAGCAUGGAUGCAGCGUUUUUGUGCAGCAGCAGCAGCAGCAGCAGCAGAUCAGGUUGUCCUGACUCCUGAAGACGCUUCACAGGACGCUGAGGAAGAGCUCACCCGGCAGCCAUUAUGCCGGUCUCCAUGGUAACUGAGUCCCACCGGUUAACACACUGGUCUGAGGUUUCCGAGGCCCCGCCGGCUGCCAACCUCACUGAGCUGGAGCGGGACCCCCUGCUGGCCGUGGCUGAGGUGGUGGUUCUGGCUAUCAUCCUGUUGCUGGCGCUGGUCGGGAACGGGCUGGUUCUGGUGGUUCUGCUGCGGCGGAGGCAGAACCACAGCCCGCUGCACCAGUUCAUGCUGAACCUGUGUGUGGCUGACCUGGUGGUGGCGCUGUUCCAGGUGUUGCCUCAGCUGGUGUGGGACGCCAGGGGGCGCUUUCCGGGCCCAGACUUCCUGUGCCGCCUGGUGAAAUACCUCCAGGUUCUGGGGAUGUUCGCCUCUUCCUACAUGAUUGUGGCCAUGACCGUAGAUCGCCACUAUGCGAUCUGCUGCCCCCUGCAGGCGCACCGCAGUGGUGCAACAAAGCGCUGGAACACGCUCAUAUUGCUGGCCUGGAGUUUCUCCCUGCUGCUCAGCUUUCCACAGAUUUUCAUCUUCUCCCGUUCUGAAGUGGCGCCAGGUGUUUAUGAAUGUUGGGGACACUUUGCCCAAUCCUGGGGCCUCAAGGCCUACGUAACAUGGAUGACCCUGGCCAUCUUCAUCAUCCCCGUCCUCGUCAUCACUUUUUGUCAGGUGCGCAUCUUCAAGGAGAUUCAUCAGAGUUUGUACAGGAGAUCAGAGCGCCGCCUGUCCCCCACUCCUCUUCCUCUGUCCAGACAAGACAGCCAGAGCAGAGGAGGAAGAGGAGAAGGAGGAAGGUCUGACCUGCCGGUUUACGUCUCACCUCUCACCUUCUACGACCCUGGGAGUCCCAACACCACUGAUGGUGGAUCGGCCCUCCAGAUGAGUCCGGUCCGGUCCGGCAGCGCGUCUUCACAAACAAACACCUGCCGUGCUGCGCCCCCUGCUGUUAGCUCCACACCCACCCACAAAGCCCCAGUGGCCAGGGGUGGAGAGGUGACCGCUGCCAUGUCAAAAACAGUGAAGAUGACCCUGGUCAUUGUUCUGGUCUACUCCAUCUGCUGGGCCCCGUUUUUCAGCGUGCAGCUGUGGGCCGCCUGGGACCCCAACCCGCCUCAGAGAGACACAGCGUUCACGCUGCUGAUGCUGCUGGCCAGCCUGAACUCCUGCACCAAUCCCUGGAUCUACUCCGCCUUUUCCAGCAGCGUCUCUCCGGAACUGCGGCUGCUGCUGUUCUGCCGGAAGGAUCCGCAUCGACGAGGCUCUUUCCCCAACGACUCCACGGCCACUCACACCUCCAACUCCUGACGGUCCAACACACCUCAGUCAGCGGCCGAGUUAAUCACCUCUCACAGAAUUAAAUCAGUCUUCUGUGUGAGAACCGUUGACGUCCCCAACGGCGCCCCGCAUGCGCACAUGAAGACCGUUGUCACGUGAUCAACUGCUAGACGUUACUACUGGCGAAAACGAUGAAGAUAACAGGAAGUGGUAGGUUUACUCAGUUGCUGCCGUGAUUAUUGGCUGAACAAGCUAAUGGAAACACAGAAAUCGUUUUUUUCAACAUUAGCAGAAUAGCAAAAUAGACUUGCAUACAUUUGUAAUGGAAACGUAGCUACUGACAGAGACUUCUUUCAUAAGUUCAUAGUCUUUAGGCCUUGUUUACAUCUGGUAAAUCACAUUUGCCAGAUGCAGUAGAUAUAAUUUAUCGCAUCUGGUUCCUUCUGGUACAGAAUUAUCCCCGUCUCAUAUCAGUAAGAUAAGUCAGAUAAGCGACAUGACCAGAUAACAGAUGCUUUGAAAACAAUGUGACAGUAUCUGAAUCAGUUAAGAUGUGGGGUUUUUUUGUGGAUGAAAAGAUUGGAAUUGGGCCGUUCAGAACGAGGCGUUUUCAUAAAGGGGAGAAAAAGCAGAUUUUGGUUGCCUUUCCCUGCUAUGUGAAUUUAUCAAAGUUGUUUUUGUGACAUGUUACAAGGUGUGGAAUGUUGAAAAUCCACCUAGAGAAAAGUCAAAGCUGUUGGAAAGAUGAAACCUAGUUUCUAUUCUAUUUUUGAAGUUGAUUUAUGUGAGAUUCCCACAGUGGAAUGUCACAAUAUUUUCACAGAAACAGGGAUUAGAUUAGGUAGCCCAAUGAUUUCUCUGCAACUUGUGUAAAAAAGAAGAUUCAGCUAAUCAGUGGAUAAAAGAAUGGGUCUUUUGACCCUAUAUGAAAAUGCAUAAAGUCAAACAUUUGACCAAGUA